CCACUAUUCCAAUAUGCCCAGCUGAAAUGAGAAGUCCGUUAUGGUCUCCGUUCGUACUGUUCCGACCUCGCUCGCAACAUUUCGACUGAUCGAACAUUUGUAGACCGGCACGGGCCAGACGCUAGUUGUUUUUCUUCCUCGCUAUUCAAUCCGGUGUCUUUGUGAGUGUGGGAUGUGUUUAUCCUCCUGUUUACGGUACAAUUUCUCCGUUAUAAUGUUGUGUUUUGACAUUAGUGUCGAAUAGUCGCGAGUUAAAGAGUGCUAAAGACAUAAAGACACCAUGGGGGUCGGUCUACCUCCGCUGGAAUUCACCGAGUGCAUGACAGACAGUCCAUAUUUUCGAGAAAAUUUACACAAACACGAGCGCGAAUUAGAAAAAACUAGUCAACAAAUCAAGAGGAUCAUCAAAGAAGUCAAGGAUGUUCUAAACUCGGCUAAACAGUUGGGCAGCGCUCAGAGGUCCUUUGCGGAAUGCCUCCAGGCGUUCACUUUUGAGUGCAUCGGAGGCGCCCAAACCGACGACGAGCAGGUCAUUUGCAAGUCGCUGAAGGAGUUUGGGCAUUUGAUCAAUUCGAUUGAAGACGAGCGCGAUCGCAUGCUAGAGAACGUCUAUUCGCACGUGGUGAAGCCCCUCGAAGACUUUCGUAAGAAAUACAUCGGCGGAGUGAAAAACGAGAAGAAAAAAUUCGAGAAGCAGACCGCUAAAUUCUGUCAGUGCCAAGAGAGAUAUUUAAAUCUCACGACGAAAAAACCGAACUCGCUUCAAGAGGCCGACGCUUCUGUAGACAUGGCAGAACGCCACUUCUUCACGGCCAGCAUGGAAUACGUCUAUCUGAUCCAAGAAGUGCAUGAGCGGAAAAAAUUCGAGUUCGUAGAGACACUUUUAACGUUUCUGUUCGGAUGGCUCACCUUCUACCACCAGGGGCAUGAAGUAGCCAAAGACUUUCGGCCCUACACAGUCGACUUGCAACACAAAAUACAAAAAACACGCGCCAAUUUUGAUGACUACAGCAAUAAAUUGCGGAAACGAAUGGCCGACGUUCAACACUCCGAAAAACCGGUCAAAAAGAAUAAGGGUUGCAGGGAGGGCUACCUCUUUCUUUUGGAGAAAAAAGCUUUUGGUACCACAUGGACCAAACAUUUUUGCACAUAUGACAAAGAAACUAAAGAGUUUACGAUGUUACCGUACAAUCAGCUAACAACCAAAACGGUAAGUUACCAGGGUUGCGUUUCAUUCCUGAUUUUUCGUUUGAAGAUUUCGCCACCUGAAGCCAUGGUCUUGACGUCGUGUGUUAGGCGAAUGUCUGAUUCCAUCGAUAAGAGAUUUUGUUUCGAUAUUCAGUUUGAUUCAAAACCUGGGGUUGUGUUAACCUUCCAGGCGCUUUCGGAGCAAGACCGGAAGGCCUGGUUGGAUAUUAUGGAUGGCAAAGAACCGACUUACACAACUCCAGGUGUUAACAAAGCACAAAAUUCGGAAGAGCGACUCCUCGACGAUUUAGGCAUCCAGUUUGUGAAAAAAUGUAUCGAAGUGCUGGAAAGUCGCGGUUUGGAGGAGCAAGGCAUCUAUCGGGUCGUUGGAGUCACUUCGAAAGUGAACAAAUUGCUAAACAUGGGCUUGGAUCGCAGGAAAUGUGAUAAAUUAUCUCUGGAAGAUCCCCAAGAGUGGGAAACCAAAACCAUAACGAGCGCUUUGAAAAGUUACUUACGGAACCUCCCGGAACCACUCAUGACUUACAAAUACCAUAACGGGUUCAUAGCGGCAGUCAAAAAUGAGACCCGCCAAAUGAGGAUACACGACGUGCACACGCUAAUCCACCGGUUACCAAAAACCAACUUCGAAGUGAUCAAAAUCCUAAUCAAGCAUUUAACGAAUGUUUCCGCCAAAUCUGACAAGAAUUUGAUGACUGUGAGCAACUUGGGUGUUUGUUUCGGGCCGACUUUGCUCCGGCCCGAGGAAGAAACGGUUGCUUCGAUCAUGGAUUUGAAAUUUUAUAACAUCGUUGUGGAGAUUUUGAUUGAAAAUUAUGAGAAAAUCUUCAAUAGUGAGCCUGAUAAAACAUUACCCAGCGAAAACACUUCGCCGCGAAACGCUGCACCGCCAAGCAACAACUACAAACAUAUUUCGGAGCAUCCGAAUUUCGGUGCUGGCGAUGGAACUGAAGUUGUUUACGCUCGAACGUACAACUCGAAUCAUUCCAAUCACGUUUCGCCCAAUUACCGGCCGCAAAUGACUUGUACUGUGAAGGCGUAUUACGAGGAACCUCUCACUGCGAAUAUGUGUUCAAGUUUGUACAGUGUUCACGAAGGGACGAAUGGUGGCUACCACCCACAAAUGAGUCGAAGUGAACACAUUGGACCUAAUUGCCAACCCAUUUUACACCAAAAAUCAAUGCAACGGUUCAUACCAACAGUGUCUUCUCAGUCUGAAAGUAAUAUUCCAAAUUUACCUAGUCACAGUCCUACGUACUUCAGACCUUUCAACCGCAUUAUUUCAGUACCUAACAGUACCAGCAGUUCAAACGAAUCAGUCUCGUCGACGUCACGCGACGGCAAUAAUUACGUCGCGACGCCCAAAAAAAGCGAAAGGUCGAGCAUCUACAUGGCGUAUCCGAAAGGCUACAGGUCGCCAGGUGAUGUCACACAACUGCGUAAAGAAACUAAUUAUCUAACAGCUUCCGGGAGAUCUAGUCCUUCUUUGCCUCGGGUCCGGCGAGUGCGAACGUUGUAUGCGUGUUUGGGCGAACAUGACGGCGAGUUGUCUUUCGAACCCAAUCAGAUUAUAACGAACGUGAAAAGCUCGCAAGAGCCGGGGUGGUUGGAGGGCACUUUGAACGGGAAAACUGGUCUAAUACCGGAAAACUAUGUGGAAAUUUUGCCCUGACAGACCGGCUCUCUGUCGAAAAUUUCCACGAGUCUGCGUCAUGGCCUCUGCAAAGCUUUACAUUUACACAAUUCCGAUCCUGAACUAGUACAAGAAAAUCCCCGUUUGAGUUUGCAUAGACAGAGUUUGGACAGCGGCAGAGCGUUGCUGAGACAAGCGAGCACCGAGCGAAAGAGCUCCACUUAAGCAUAUCACAACUCAGAAGGUCCCACCUAACACCAUUUACGUGUAAAUAAGAGCAUAUUAACCGGUCACCUUUUAAUUUGUUGUGAUUAACGCCACCUCGAAGUAAUAAAAACUAGCAGCGUUUUUGAAUUAUUUUUAUAAAGUAUUAUACACGUUCUGUGAUAGUAAGACAGACUGGCACCUCUAGAAGUACGUUACAUCAGCCAUACGUAUCCUGUAUAUUGUAAAAUAACUUGAUUGUAUAAUUUGUGGGUGUGUAUUGUGUUGGUACCUUUAGGAUUGAGGGACCACAACCCUGAAACACCAAUUGUCUCAUAUCAAUUGUGACUGCCUAUAACUGAAGUAAUAAUGUAAAAAUCCGAUUCAAUAGUUACCUAACUAAAUGUAAUAUCAAUUGUGUCCUUCAAUGUACAAGUCUUAAAUCUCAUUUGUUUUAUUUUAUUUAAUCCACAAACACAUUAUUAUUUGUGAUACGACAAAGUGUGUUUACCAUUAUUUUUUACAAUAUAUAUUUUAUGUACAAGUACUCAUUUUUUAUGUAUGGAAUUUAUAUUUGUAUAUAUUUUAUUAAUCUGUUAAUAAUUCUUGUGUUUAGUUACUGUAAGAACCAUUGUACUUGUUGUAUUAUUUCCAAGAAAUGUCCGCAAA